AUUUUUUUAAAAUUAAAAUUUUAAAUUUAUUUAAAAUAAUUUUUAUCAUUAAUGGUGGAUGUCGAAGUCCGAGAAACAGACAGUACUUCCAUUUCAAGUGGUGAAGAAAAGAUCCGACGAUGAGAGGAAAGUGAAGAAGAGACUGACAGAGAACACAUGCAUUAGACCCACCACCACACCCAAGAGCACCAGCGGGAAAAAAGAGAAGGGCAAAGAUGAGGCCGAUGUGGCACCUCCUCCUCCUCCUCAAGCACUACAAACCACACCCACUAAGUCUCCAAGUCUAUCAAAGUUCUCUACGGUUGAAGUCCACAGUCCGUUGAAGGCCAGUCCGCAUAAAGAAGUAAAGCGAGGCAUAAAGAGGGCAUUGAAAUAUGACGAUCUGACUAGUGUGACUACCACAACCAAGAAUUUGCAACUACCAUACAGAUACAGGCUGCUAAAGGAGAAGUUCAGAUGUGCAAACGUUGCACUCUCAAUGUUGGAGAACAGAAAGGAGACUUGCACUUUUCGUAAAUUGAAGAAAGCUGUGGAAGAAAUGACUAGGAGGAAUUUUGAGAUGAAGGACAUAGCUCAAAUGAAGUAUCUCUUUCCCGAGAGUUUGGUUCUACGUCAAGAGAAGAAUGUUCCAGGUUCACUGACGAAAGAGGAAUUCAAUAAUUACCAGCUAACAAUUAGCUCUAAUAUAAUCAAGUGGAGUCCUACAGUAUUGCUUGAGAGGGAGAAAAUAUUUCAUGAUAAAUUACUAUCCCAAACAAAAAUGCACCACCAGGCAUACCUUUCUUCUUUAAAACCACCAGUGUAUGUUCCUGAUGAUAAAUUAUGUAACUGGCACGUCAAAUUUGAACUUGGUUCAGUUCCAGAUCCUCCGGAGGCUGAAAUACCACGCCCACCAGUUAAUGAAAGUUAUAAUUCAGCAAGUGAUCUGUUAAAACAAACUGAGCUAAAACUAUCAUCAAGAGUGAAAACUGCACUAGAGAAAUUAAAUAAGGAAAGCCCUCAAAGCAGCGAAUCUCCAAUUCCCGAGGCCACACCUACUGGUAUUCUAAAGGGUGUGUCACCAGCAUUAAUUGAAAGGAUACGAAAGAAAGAGGCAACAAAGGCUGCUAUUGCCAUGACGAGAAGUGACGAAACUGAAAAGCAGCUCAUAAUGCUAUCAAGACUAUCAGAAAUGUGCCGAAUAAUAAGACAAUUAUUUGUAACUGAGGGUAAAGCAGCAAUUCUUUGGAGUCACUUAUUACAAAAGAUAUCAGACAGUCAUUCGUCUAAUUUAUCACCUGGUAAGAUUUUAGAAAAAAAUUGAUCACAAUGAUAUGAGUAUAACUAUCAAUUAUUGCAAAUUUGCAAUACAGAACAGGUGGAGGCACAUGUGGAGCUGUUAAUGAACACGAUACCAAACUGGUGUUAUACUGUGACAGCCAGAAAGAGCAGGUACAUGAAAAUGAAGAACAAGGACAUGCCACAGCAAAAGAUUAAUGACUACAUUAAAAAGAAAGAGGAGCAGUUUGAGAAAUCGUGAUGACAAAAGUUGUAUCCCAAACACUAAUACACUUACUCUCUUAAAAGUUUUCAUUUAAUUUUGAUCUCAUUUACUGUCAUGAUGCAUUUCUGUCACAAUGUUUACAUCACAAUAUUUAGUAAAUAAUAAUUUAUGAUUAUUUCUGGAUCUUUUAUUGAUUUUUCUUCCAUUCCUCCAUAUCAU